AUGGCCACCAUGAAGACAUUACGACCCAUAGCGAACGCCUUGCCAACCUCGAGCCGACCACUGGCCCUCCAAUGCCGAACGACACCCCUCCUCGCCUCGACCGUCAGACCCUCGAACCACAACAGACAUCCUACCCAACGCCGCUCCUUCAUCUCCGGCAACCCCCUCUCCUCCACCGGCACUGAACUCAUCACCUCCCGCAUCCUCCGCUACCCGGCCAAAGCCAUAUACAGCGUCAUCUCUGAUGUAGGCUCCUACAGCGCCUUCAUCCCCUACUGCCAAUCUUCCGUUGUCACAAAGUCUUCCUCUCCAGCCGCCGAUGGGAAGACAUAUCCGGAAGAAGCCAAACUUACCAUCGGCUUCAACGACAACGUCAGCGAAGAGUUCUGGAGCCGAGUCUACUGCGUCCCCGACCGCGUGGUGGAAGCAGUAAGCGGCAGUGCGGAGACUAGUCUGUCGCCAGAGGACAUCACACACCACUCCGCACGACCCGAGGGAAGCGAGGACAAGAGCCGGAAUGAUACGGUGAUGUCGCAUCUUCUGACCCGGUGGACACUACGACCAUACCACUACAAGCCUCCGCCUACUUCAGCUAUCAAGCCAGACACUACACACAUGAAUCAUCAAGAGACGAGUGAACUGCCCGGGCAGGAGAAGUGUGAGGUGCACUUGAGCAUUCAGUACAGGUUCUCGAAUCCGAUGUAUGGGGUUAUGAGCCAGGCGGCGGCGCCGAAGGUCGCGGAGAAGAUGAUUGAGGCAUUUGAGAAGAGGGUGAAGGCUGUGGUUGAGGGGCCCGGGCAUGCUUGA